AUGAUUUCAUCUCCAACCAUCAAUCUGGAUGACUAUGCUGUCUCACCAGUGCAUGGCUUCCUGCCUACGGGUCUCCCUCUACAGGCGCUGCCCCAUGGCUACUAUGCGCCUUGGGAGAGGCUUGUCACUCAGUUGCCGGAUUUAAUUAGAGCUGGUCAGAUCAGAAAGCUCAUUGAUGAUCUGCCAGUCUUGGAAACUACAUGGCUGCAGUCAGAGGCAGAGUUUCGUCGUGCAUACUCGAUCUUGAGCUUCUUCACACAUGCGUAUGUGUGGGGAGGUGAAAGACCUCAAGAGACUCUUCCUGCUUGUAUCUCGAAGCCUUUUCUUGAGAUCUCACGCCACCUUGAACUACCUCCUUGCGCGACAUACGCAGCACUGACGCUCUGGAAUUACACCAGUACAACCGAGACCGAUCUGACUGAGCCAGAUCAUCUAUCUGUCUUGUCGUCUUUCACCGGUACAAAAGAUGAGGAAUGGUUCAUGGUGAUCUCAGUGGCUAUUGAGGCCAAGGGCGCACGACUGGUCCCGUUGAUGCUCGAUGCAAUUGCCGCUGCCACUGUUCAAGAUGUACCCCGAUUGACAGCCUUGCUCUGCCGGUUUACCGACGGACUGGGUGAUUUGACACGAACCCUCAACCGGAUGUACGAACACAACCAGCCCCAUGUGUUCUUCCAUCAGCUUCGGCCCUUUUUAGCUGGUAGCAAGAACAUGGCCGCUGCUGGCUUGCCCAAUGGUGUUUUCUACGACGUUGGCCAGGGUGAGGGUGAGUGGUAUCAGUACAGCGGUGGUAGUAACGCACAAAGCUCCCUGAUCCAGACAUUCGACAUUUUCCUGGGAGUGAGUCACUCGGCCACCGGAGGCACCAGCAUGAAAUCCUCGGGCACGAGCUACAUCCAGGAUAUGAGAAACUACAUGCCAGCCCCACACAAACGCUUUUUGGAAGCUCUUUCAGCUCUUUCCAACGUUCGGUCGUUUGUGAUGACCACAGCGGCAGGCUCCUCGCUAAGGGAAGCGUACAAUGCCGCUGUCAUGGCCUUGACAUCGUUCCGUGAUGCUCAUAUCCAAAUGGUGUCGCGAUACAUCAUUAUCCCAGCUCGCAAUUGUACCCCUCGAGAAAUUAAAGCGACUGACACGGUCAACUUGGCCACGGCGAGUGCUCAGGUAGACGGGUUGAAUGAGAGCAAUGCUACCGGGCUUUACGGGACGGGUGGCACAAGCUUGAUUCCAUUCUUGAAAAACACACGAGACACGACAAAAUCGGCGACGUGUUGA